GCUCAGACUCAGAGGAUAGUUGUUGGAGCAGAGAGCACGGCAACAGCAGCAGCAGUUCAUUACACCCAGACCACCAGCUGGAGGAAAUAUUUACCUGUGCGCUGCCAGGACGAACUCAGAAGGAUUUUCAUUAAUUUUCAGCAGACUCAAUCUUAAAGGCGCAGUGAGGGACACUUGAAAUAGCAAUCUCUGUCGGACCCUCUGAUCUGUCCUGUAUCCAGACAAGUUUUUUUCCGCCUCGAAUGAGUGAGAUUUUACCCAGAAACUGAAUCCAACCUUUCGCAUAUAUUUCGGAGAGACAGCGCGCCUGGUUUCAUAAAGAGGAGCGUAAUCAACCAUGGCGAGACAUGACGCCCGAAAUUGGCAUGACUGCACUAAAAUGACCAGACUGUUCUUGGUCGCGUCGAUACUUUUACUACAAGGGGCGUCGGGUCAGAGGGUCAAGGUGGAGCCAGAGGUGACGUCGUAUCCCGGUCAGACAGUCAACCUUCGCUGUGCCUUCACUGAUGCCACUGGGAUUCAGCUCACAAUGGUCACAUGGAUCUAUGAGCCAAAGGAAGGAGAAAGGCUCAAUAUAGCUGUGUUUCACCCAAACUUUGAUCCCAACUACCCGGAUUCACCUGUGAAGGGUAGAGUCAGCUUCACACCCAGUCCCCCCAGCCUGACCAGUCCUUCCAUCCAGAUAAGCAACGUGGGGAUGACAGACGAGGGGAAGUACAUCUGCGAAUACGCUACCUACCCCAGUGGCAACGAGCAGGGCAUCACCUACUUGGUCAUGCUCGCUAAGCCUCAGAACUCGGCCACCAUCGUAACAGUGGACGCAGGCACUAAGCCGGUCGUUGUGGCACGAUGUGAGUCUAAGGAUGGCCGGCCCGCUGCCCAGAUCUCUUGGGUGACCACAGCCAAUGGCAACGCAACAACAGUGUCUAAGCCAGGUACAGACAACACUGUGACAGUUACCAGCGAGUACCGCAUGGUUCCUACAGCGAAAGACAACGGAAAAGACAUAAGCUGCGUGGUGUCACACAGGACGCAGGUCAAACCAGACAGCCAUGCGAUGAAACUGGCAAUUCAGUAUGCCCCUCAGGUGUCAAUAACUGGUUAUGACAAUAAUUGGUACGUGGGUCGUACAAAUGUGGUGCUCACCUGCCAAGCUACCGGAAACCCCGUCCCAGUCACCGUACAAUGGAAGACUAUGACUGGAGAGAUGCCAGACACGGUCCAGAUUAAAGACAACCAGCUGAAGGUACUGAAGGUGGAUGAUGCGGUCAACACCACUUUUGUCUGUGAGGUCAAGAACCGCAUAGGAACCGGCAAGGAUCAGGUCACAGCCAUAGUCAGGGAGCCCUCAGUGAACCCAUCCAAUGCCGGCGUGGUGGCGGGGGCUGUGAUUGGCUCCCUGCUGGCCCUCCUUUUGGUCGCCGCUCUCAUCGCCGUGCUUGUCACCCGUAGCCGAAGGCAACAGCAGGGUUACCGAGGCAAUGGCGGCAGUGACAUGAAGACACGCAUAUUUGGUGGCGGCAAGAAGGCUAGCAAGAACGGCACAGGUGGAGGCGCAGGCAGCGGUGGCGUUGGAGGCGGUAACAACAACGGCCCCAUCUAUGUUUACAACGAGAGUUCCCCCCACCAGGGCCUUGGCGAGAAAAACAACCACCACCAGCCACUCACCAUUGGGGGCGUAGCCACUACACCCACUGCCCAAGACAUCCUGCUAAGCAAUGACCUGGAUGACGCAGAGAGGAGGAAGUUUGAUGAGCUUGAGGAAGACGAGAGGUAUGACCACUUCACCGGAGGCGCCCCCAUCCUUCAGCUUCGCCCACCUCAUGAUCAGGACGAUAUUAUUGGAGAUUACAUGGAUGAUGACAUGGAGUCCCAGCGGGAUGGCUCUGUCAUCUCACGGACUGCUGUCUACGUAUAGAACAGGAGGAGAAGAAAAGAGGAGGAGAAAAAGGAGGGAUGGAGGAUUCCUCUUGAGGAUUUUGUGGCUUCAGGGUCUCAUUCCUGCUUGAUAGAAAAGAGAAAAUAAUACCACUUUUAUUUUUGAAAAUUGAUUUUAAAUAUAGCCUAUUAUUAAUCACAGUGCAGCCCCGGAAUGGACUGAAUGAACAGGAGAGUGUGGUGGGAUAAUCUGAAAGGAGCGUCGCUGUUAUCUGGUCCCUUAAAACUGAAAAUCAAACAGAGAAGAAACAACCUGUCUCCCACUGCUUCUGCUCAUGCUACUGCUAUCACUGGGACCCUGACAAGGACUCCUGACAGACAGACAGACUAAAAGAGAGAAACUAUGUAGUAUGGGAGGAGGAUAAUGGCAUCAUGAUACAAGCUUUGCUGUAGAGGCUGCAUCUCACUUGCAUAUUCACUCUUAUCUUCACCAGAACAGUAGAAGUGGAAGGGGUUGUCAAGCAGUUAUGUGCUGCCUGCUAUUCUCAGUCCUCCUAUGGGAAACCUUUGUUUUGGUAAUGCAUUGUGGUGUGACAGCUGGAUAGGUGGUUAGUAGCUAGUGAUGGGCUGGGGGGGAGAAACAUUUGAAGGUAAAGACAGUAACCAUCAGGUGAUUUGCAGAAGGAAACUUUGUAUUUGCUCAUGUCUGCCUCACCAGGUACACUGGUGAGUUCUCUUUUACACUCUCUGCCUUCCUCUCAAACAAAAAUCUACUCUGCAAACUAUCGCUGACAGCAGACACUGUUGAAUUUACUAAAAAUUAAAGAAAAGAACAAUAGGUCCUUAUGUGCUACACAAAUACAAGAGCAGCUGAAUUUAACAAAGUAAGUUUGCAGAGCUGGAGUUUGAACCAAGUUCUUAACAAGGUAUUCAUGCAAACUUUUGUACUAUGCCUGGAGGUAAAAGACGGUAAACAAGAGACGAGGGAAUGAGGUGUAGCCGAUCUGACAGGGUCAAAGGAUCGGGAGAGGGAUGCAGGAGGACUAGAAGGGAGCACGUCUCUUCCUUUCUCUUCCUCCUCAUCUCCGUCUCUUCAGAGCGCUCCUGACAGGAGGAGCUUGAUUGGUAAUGAGCCGUGAAGUCGCUCGCUUAGCCGGGACCAACAGAUUGCCACCACUUAUCGUUUAUGACGUGGCGAUUCCUCCCCCCUCCCAUAUCUAUCUCUCUAUCAUCCCUCCGCCUCUCUCCCUCUCUCUCCAUCCCUCUCUCCAUCCCUCUCUCCCAGUGUUUAUGGGGAGUUUAUGAUUUAUCCAGGGCAGUGUCGGGGUCAGGGCUACGGAGAGCGGGAGAGUAUUUUACUGCUCCUGAUGUGUCAAACGCCCCACUUACUCUAUUCCUGCCCGGUCUUGCUCUGACAUACCAGGACUGACUAAUCCACCUGGAGUGGCCAUGUUCACUCCACUGCACUGACAGUGUCUUCACUUGUGCAUUACUGCCUCCUCCUAUAUUUUAAUAAAUGACCGGAUGUAACAGAACCUCACCUCUAAAGUACGACAGUAUUAGUUUAGAUAGAUUUUCAAUGAGAUCGUGUAAUAUUUCUUUCCAUUAGCGGAUGUUGUUAAAGGUAGUGAAUUGAUCGGGAGACAUAAAAGGUUGUGUCCACAGUGAAGCUAUGGGAGUCAUAUUGACUAACAGGCAACAAGCAAUGAAACGGCCCUUUAUGAUGCAGCUUCAGGGGUUAUUGUCUCCUGACUGUUAAUUUAUCCUUCUAACGAGCCACCGGAGGCCCGCUCAGGCGAACAUUACUCCGUGGCUACUGUACACUCUGUCUUUGAGGCUUAGUGUGUACAUUUGCAUGAGUCACUGUGUCUAUGUAGCCACUGGAUGACUGUGACGGACAAUCUUUGGGAGAAGCCCUGCUGUAGCUCCUCUAAUCAUGCUUUUUCCUGGCCCUCUAAUCAACUCCCUUUUGACCCGCUGGGAAUCUGGUGAGUGCGGUCUCGGUGACUGUACCUACCUCCCGUAAGAGCCAGCUGAGAUCUGGGUUGCAGCUUGCUGCAGGUCAUGAGGUCAAACACUGGGUGACCCAUUGCCAAGGGCAAGGAUGACUGUACUUGGAAUGUAUCUUUUCUUAUCAUGGUUGUUUUAACCUUGAACUAUGGAUAUGUUCUGUACAGACAAACACUCAUAUACAGAUCUCCAUAUACGUAGGGUAGAGGCAGUCAUUGCUUGCCAUUGUGUUGGCUGUAAACCUUCAGGCAAAGAGAGAGAACAGGAGAGAAACAGAAGAGGCAGAUGACAAAAAAGACCGGGUUCAGUGUUUGAGCACCAUCUGGCAUAUUGUGAGCCAGUGUGUUCAAUAGGGUUAUCGUCUAAUGGCCUUAGUUUAUACAUAAAUGCAACUCUUGUCAACCUGGGGUACAGUAAAUUUACAAAACACAGUUGAUUUGUCACAACCACUCAACAUAAAAAUGUAUAACUUAUUUUUGCACUUGUGUGUGUGUGUGUGUGUGUGUGUCACCGCUACAAAGAGGAAAAAUUAGUGUAAUUUGUGGUUUUUUGGGGUCAAAAUAGUGACAAGGACAAGGGACAAACUGUUCUGUACUGUAUGUACAUUUUGGUGUGAGGUAUCUGUGUACUAUAUAUGUAAGCAUCUUUAUUUUCUUGUGAAAAUGUGGAUAUUUAUGAAAAUGUAAAUAUCAGAUCGACGAAGCCAGUGUUACCAGUGUUGUGGAACUAAACAGAAGAAGGCGUUCUGUAUUGGUUAAGCAUAAAGUUCAGAUGUCUCAGAGGGCAUUGAGAAUGUAAUUUUUAAUCUAAUGAAUACCUCGGUUGUUUGGGUUUUUGUUCAAGUUAGCAUUGCCUGCAUUUCCACACAAUAAGCACAUACAUUUUUUGCACAAUUGGCUCUUCUUCUCCACUCUGCACAAUACAAAAAUACACACAAUACUCAUAAAUACUCAUCAUUUAUCAUGUAGACCGUAACCUCACAAGUCUGUGAUGCAUCUGAGUCAGCUCUGUGUGUGCGCUUGUGUCAGUGUGUAUUUUAAGUGAUGCUCGGGGGCUUCGGGACAUCUUUCACUGCCAUUGGGGUUGUAACCCGAGUAGCCUCCAUUUUGACACCAUGGAAAACUGGCAAACUGAAGAUAUUGUGCACGUUGAAGACACACUUAUACUCGUGUACACACACACACACACACAUAUAUAUGUAUAUAUAUAUAUAUAUAUAUAUAUAUAUAUAUAUAUAUAUAUGUAUGCACACACACACGCACAAUGCAGAGAAACAUUCGCCCACACACAAACACCCCUCAGUCACUCUCAUUAUGCUCACUCCCACAGUCAAACUGUGCAGAAGACACCUCAUACCUGACAACUCUGCCACCUCCUGACAUAAGCCCACACAAAUAUGCUCGCAUAGCUGCACACAAAAAACACACGCACGAAAACACUUCUUCUUUCUCCUCUUCUUGCUCAGUGGCUCUGUCAGGACAUGUACUGUGUCCUGCUAUCGUGGAGCGAGCCGCAACAUGAUGCGUCCCCUGCUCCACUGCUUUCCAUCCCACAAAUAGUCCGACCUGUUCCCGAAUCAGUGACCAUGUAGAACAGAGGCAACUACACAUCCAGGGACACACACCUUUCACCUAGUGUCAAAGGAACAGGCUUUUUAGGAUACUGUUUGUCCAUUUCACUUUUGUUCUACACGUGAAAUAUAACUUUCAUGAAAUGCCACCGCACUGACCUCCUCCCCCUCCCAGAUCCCUUCAAAUGCUUUUAGAGAAUCACAACUUCCUACUCAUCUCCAAAAUGCUGUUUUUUUCGACUUCUCUCACUUCAGCCACCUACGCCACCAUACCGCCUCCACAGAUACACACACGGUCGCCACCCACCACAACACCCAAGUAAGGCUUGUCAGACAAAAUUCUUUUAGAGAAAUCUAAGAUCCUGGCCCAGGUUUAGCACAAGGUUAGGUCAAAAUCCGCAAUAUUGUUUUUUCUUUUUCCAGAAAGCCACAUACUGUUGCUAUUUCUUCAGCUCCAAACAUCUGAUGACUAAUCAAAGCCUUAACAUCUCCCAUCUCACUCGCAUAAAAGGGGAAAAAAAGAAAAAAACGUUCCCUUGUACAUAGUAUAAAUAUAUAAAUAUGUAGCAGAGAAAAAGAAUUACUAAUUUAUGGUGUCACGUUUGUGUAUUUCUCAGUGACAACAAGCAUGAAGGAUUUAUUUUCUCCUCUUACAAUUGCUCCUCUUUUCUGUUAUUUUGCAGUGCUUUAUAAUUUAUGUUUUCUGAGUGCUUUAUUCUUGACUGCUGCGCUGUGAUUGCUGCCAAAACUGGCAAAUGUGCUUCUUCUAUACAAAUUAACUGUACACACAACAAAACCCCAAAAUGUGGUUUUUUUGACUGCUCUGUGUAAGUUUUUCUUUUACUUUUUUGUAUUUUUUAAUUUUAAACUUAUUUUGGUCUUUGAAAAGAAAAACUGAAUUAGAAUUGUCGUCACCAUUUUGUCAUGUCUUUAUAUUUUUUCGUAUUUGUUGCUAUUAAAGACUUCUUGA